AUGGCGUCCUCCUCCCCCAAGCUUGUAAACGCCGUCGAUGAGUCGGGUGCUGUCGUCUGCACCUACUCACAGGACGCUAACAAUGGCUCCUACAACGCGAUUCCACCCAAGAAGACCACUGGAAGCUAUGCCAAGGGCCUGCUCGACGUGUUUCUGCCCGCGGGGUACCCGCACACAGUCACGGCUGAUUACAUGCCCUACCAGAUCUACGACUCAUUGCAGGCAUUCUCUAGUUCUAUUGCUGGCUUGAUGUCCAACAGAGCAGUCCUCCAAGGCUUUGGCGUAGGCAAGGCCGGCUCCUCGGCCACUGGCGCCGUCCUUCUGUCCGUCCUCCAGGAAACCACCGGCCGACUGGCCACCAUCCUCUUCGCCCACCGUUUCGGCCAGGCCAUCGAGCCUGAGUGCAAGUACUACCGCUUCCUGGCCGACAUCCUCAACGACUCGGCACUGCUGCUCGAUGUCCUAACCCCCUCCCUCCCCCAAGGUCCCAAGAUCCUCGCGCUCUGCGCCGCAGGUGUCCUCCGCUCACUCUGCGGUGUGGCAGCCGGCGCGGCCAAGGCAAGUCUCAGCGCACACUUCGCCAAGAAUGGCAACCUUGCAGAGCUCAACGCCAAAGACGGCAGCCAGGAAACCGUCAUCUCCUUGAUGGGUAUGCUUGUCGGCAGCCUCGUCGUCCAUGUGGUUGAGGGUAGAACCGCAGUCUGGAUCUGGAUGUUUGGACUGCUGGGAAUCCACCUCUGGACCAACUACCAGGCCGUGCGCGCUGUCCAGAUGCGCACCCUGAACCGACAGAGGGCUGGCAUUAUCGUCGAAGAGUACCGACGAAGUGGCCGCGUCCUCUACCCGGCCGAGGUUGCCAAGAAGGAAAGAAUUCUCACUUGGAAACCGCCUCCGAUCAUCUUCAGCCGCACAUUUCCCCAGAGCGGCCAACUCAGCACUUCGGUUCUUCGUGCCCACGAGCACAAAAAUCAUGUCGUUUCAGAGCUAGGCGCAACCAAAGUGAUCUUUCUCAAGGCUGGAGCAACCACACGAGAUGCGCUUACAGCAUACAUGGAUGCUCUCGGGGCAUUUUCUGACGACGAGUUCUGGAAAGCGCUCGCAAGUGCUGGUUGGGAUCUUAAUGCAGGUGCUCUGGAGACCGGACCAGCGAUCCGGAUUGUUGUGGAUUGA